AACAUUUCUACCACAUUCACCUAUUCACCAACUACUACCAGCUACUACUAUCAACAAUGUGCUACUGGAGGCGCGUUCGCAAUGUUUACCUGCGCUGCGGUCACGCCAUUAACCUGCCUGAUCAAUUGAUCACCUGCGAAAAUACCAGGUGCAAGUUCAGCCCCAACCACCCCACUACCUGCGGGCCUCCCACAUGCAAGCAAACUUGUUGCCAAUACCGUCAAUACCCUCAACAGUACUCACCCAACAUCAACAGUUUCUGCCCCACAUGCGAGGCGGCUGGGUACCGCUGAGCGCCGAGUUUCUUUUUGUGAAUAUUUUACCUCGCGCGUUUAAUUGUUAGAACUAGAGUCAAGGAGCCCUUUCGUUAAUUAUUACAUGUGUCAUAUUAUUUAUAGUGUAUCACCUAACAUCGAGAUCGACUACCUGUACUGUUCGCUUUCUUGUAACUGAAUAUCGAUUGAUCUGAGAUUGGUCAAACCCCGUCGGAACCAGGAACGUUGCGCGGAACUCAGUUAAUUGACUUAGAUAGUGGUGUGUCGUAUCUCACCGAGUCGGUAAAUGAAAC